CUGAGGGACACGGUUGUUAACCUCCAAAUAAUAAAUAAAUUAGACUGGAAGGGAAAAUCUCAUGACUUCUCCAACAAACCUGCAAGAGUACAGAACUGGUCCACUAGUCCAAUGAUCCACUAGUCCACGGCCAGGAUAAAAUCCUCAUUGCUCCUCCUGGAUCUGAGGUUCAACAAUCGAUUGGAGCCUCGUUUUCACACCCUGAAAUAAACUUUCCUGGGGAGGCUGAGCAGUGUGAUUUCCCGAUAAUUGGAGAACACUCUCUGGUCCCUCAUUUUGAAAAUAAGAACCAUCACCCCGGUCCACCACUCCACAGGAACUGUACCCGACCUCCAUGAGACACUGAGGAAACGUGUCAGCCUUGACAUCCCAACAAUGUCCAGAGUCUUCAGCGUCUCUGGGUGAACCUCAUCCAGCCCUGUCGCCUUUCUAAGGAGCUUUUUUUACUACCCUUAAACCGUUGUCCGAAAUAUGGAUAAGUCUUCCCCCGAGUUUUCAAACUCUGCCUCCUCCACGGAGGAUGUGUUGGUCGGGUUCAGGAGUUCCUCAAAGUUUUCUUUCCACCUCUCGACAGUAUCCCCAGUCCUGGUCCACAGUUCUCCCCCUCUGAUGAACUCAGCCUAAGACAAGUCCUGUUUUCCCUUUCCGAGUCUUCAAACAGUUUACCAGAACUUCCGUGAGACAAACCCAACGUCCUUCUCCUUGGUCUCCCCGAACGCCUGGGUUUUUGCUUCGGCAACCACCGCAGCAGCCCUUCUAGGCAACCGGUACCAGUCUGUCGAUUCUGGAAAAUUCUGGGCCAGCCAAGCCCAAAAGGCCUCCUUCUUAAGCUCAACGACCUCCUUCACCGCAUGGGUCCACCAGCGAGUUCCCAGGUUCUGACCACGACCAGCACCGAUGACCAUCUGACCACAGCUCCUAGCAGCCACUUCCACAAUAGAGGCUCAGUCUGAUUCCGUGUCCCUGAAAUGCACAAAAUAUUCUUCUGGAGGUGGAAGUUGAAGGACUUGCGUACAACGGCCUCAGCCAGAUGUUCCCAGUUGACCCUUAAAACAGGCUUUGGGUUUACCAGGUCUGUCCGGCAGCCUCCCCACCAGCUGAUGUUCCUCCUCACCAGAAUGUCAAAGACAUACGGUCUUGUGAUAAUCCAACCAAAAAGUUGAUCUUUGUUCUGGUCCAAGUAAAAUUCUGAAGCGCCCUAAGCUUUGAACAAGGUGCUUGUUAGAACCGAUCCAUAAACAGCACUGAAGUCAAACAACAAAGCACCUGCACUCAUGUUUUCGCUCUGUCAGCGGUAUUUCAGAGCAGACAGAAUGUUGAUCCGCAGAUUAAAUUCUGAACAAAAGACAUCAGCAGCCGUCACAACAACAGAAGUUCAGCCCGUCCUCUAUAUGACAACAACGCACCAACGGCAGACUUCACAACCUCAGAGGAGCUGCACAGAGAAACAUCAGCAGCCAAUCAGACGGCAGGAAAACACUCAGAGAUUCAACCUCGUCUUCAUCAUGAUGUUUGUCAGGACUCUUCUGCUCCUCUGUGCUUUCUUCAGUGCAGACGCUGAAGAUAAAUCCCGGCUCUACAGGAGGCCUUCCUGUGAGUGGAUGAGCGUGACUCAGGCGUGUCCUCUGAACUACUCUCCGGUGUGCGGUAGUGAUGGCUUCACCUACCCAAAUGAAUGUUCUCUGUGUGUCCACAGACUGGAGAAAAAUGCUGAUAUUUUGAUUGUCAUGGAGGGGCCCUGUUGAGGAUGACCUCAUCCAACUCUUCAAUGAUGUCAUCCCAUUUCUGGCAAACUAACAAUGUCAUCGCGUGUAUAUUUGACUUGUGUUUGAAUGUAGCUGUUUGAGUGUAAAAUAGACACAAACACACACACACACACACACACACACACACACACACACACAC